AUGGUCACAGCAACAAGUCACCCAACAUCAUCACCAAGUCACCAAUCCUUUCGACUCAGAGGCCCAACCUCCACCGACUUCUCGGCCGAUGAAGUCAGGAUUGUCAUCCGCAAAGACUCAACCUCAGGACAGAGCUUUGUUCUCUGGAACGAUAUCCUUAACGUCUUCAGGAUCGCAGGACAUGUCCAGCAUGGCAGCGAUGUUGUGCCCUACAUGACUGACAGUCAAUUUCAGUCGGUUCACAUUGGGACACAGAGAGCAUUUGCGGCUGGUAUCAUGGAACAAGGACUGGACACUAUGCCUCCUCCGUACGAGACAAUGGCAUCUGGACCAUCAGCGUCACAACGCACAAGCACAUCCUCGACCCCAACAUCGACCAGCGUGAGAACAUCGGCCGAACACCGCAUCUCUACCGCAGCUCCACUUGCACCAUCAACAUCACCAACUGCAUCAGCAGGAGCAGCAGCAGCAGCAGCAGCAGCAACGUGGUUGACACCGGACGAAGAACCAGCAUCUCUAACACUCCGAGGCGGAGGAGCCUCAAGAGAAUCACAGCAGUUCAUUGCGCGCGUACAAUCCAUCCUCCUCGACUCUACACACCAACUGGAAGUCUAUGAACAAACCAUCCUCUCAGAACCAAGCGCCCGCAACGAUUUUCUGGUACGAGGCGUAGCAACUAUCCAACAAGGCCUGGACUCCAUUCACCAAGAACUCCACGACGUUGUUCCUAACCUCCGCGCAGAGAUCGCAAAGAACACGACUUUACAGCGCCAGAUCCUGGAGAUGCAGACAACCGCAGAGGAGAUGGCGCGGAGGAUGUUGGAGAUGCAACAGCAUGCGAUUGGGCUUCAAGAGCAGACACUGGAUCGACUUGCGACGAUACAGGGGAGGGUUAGUGCGAUUCUGACACAGACGUAUGAGUUGCAUGAGUACCCGAUUCCGAGGUUGUUUAUUAUUCUACCAAAGGAGGAUGAGACACGGACAGACUCGCUCAGGAAUGUCUUUGCCAAGCAGUUCAAACUGUAUUUCUUAUGCGAGUGCAACAACAACAGUCACCACUACCACAGCCUACACACAGGAGCAACACCAGCAGCUACAAUAUCGAGCACGAGCAGUAGUCAGGGGACAAUGUCGAGGCAGGAAAUUCAUCUUGCGCGACAUGAGGGGUACGAUUUGGACCGGCCGACCGAGUUCUUCGAAAAGUAUGGAUCUUAUGUCUUGACGCUCUUGCAGAUGCUCAAGUAUGGGGCUGUUGUUGCGGGGGUUGUGAUCCCGCCCUUGACGCAGCUCAGGAUUGUGGAUGGACUGGAUACUGCCAAGCAGAGCGCCGAUGCCCUCUAUAGCAGCAUGGAACCAAAGGUCGACAGUGCUAUCGAGUAUCUGCAGAGGCUCUCUAGCAACCAAGCUUUAGAAACAACAACGACGGCAACGACGGCGGCAGGGAACACCUCGACCUACGGAGACAACUUGGAGGCGUUGGAGGGAUCAGAUCUGCGUCAGCUGAGUUCAUUCCUCAAGAUCAAGGACGAAGGGCAAGUGCUUGGAAACCUGUACAGGACGGUGACAGGAGAGGGCCAUGUCAAGUGGGUCUGUCUAGACCAUUACCGCGAGACCUAUGGUAUUUCUGCCCAGCGCGAGUUGCGAGAGGUGGUGGAGAUGAGUCGUGGACGGUACGAUGAGCCAACGGGAACCGUCUCGAUCGAGUUGAUCUCUCCUGUACAGGCAAGGCAGUUUUAUUCCAUCUUGGCUACGUCGCGAUACGUCCAGGAGCUUAGACUGACCAUGAGCUGGGAUACUACUCUGGAAGAUUACAGGACUUUGAAGGAGGCGCUUCAGCAAUCUAAUGUUAUCCGGCUGGAGCUCGCUGGCAACAUGACCUCGGGACCCAAGACCGAUAUCAUGAACCGUAGCAGGAGACAUGACCCGUUCUUGCAGUUGAUGGCGGGAGGGAAGCUGAAGAUGUUGUCCGUCAAGGGGCUGAAGGAUUUUUUUGAGCGGACCAGCAAAAUGCCGAGUAUCAGUCAUAUCCGGACGUUUGAGCUGCAGUCGAGUGUGGUGACGAACAAGGAUGGACCACAGCUCGAGAAGCUUGUUCAGGCGUCACCGAUGUUGUUCGAGUUGACGCUAUUGGUUCAGGAUAUCGAUACGACUUUUACGCUAUUAUCGCCUCUUGUCAAGAAACUCAGGCGGUUCAGGACUCUCACCCUCCACCAGGCGCCAAGAACGACUGUCACUUUUCAGUAUAACCCUGCUGCUACUGAAGAGGCGCCUAUUAUUUCGCUCGCAGGAGACGGGAUAGAGUCGACAAAGCUGGCGCUGAUGCACCGGGUCAGGACGCUGUCUAUCCGAAAGUACCAGGAGAUCCACCAAAUCCAGGAACUUGUCAGUCGAGUGAUCAAGAAGCAUCAAUCAUCCCUUGAAAUUGUCGAGAUCAAAUGCCUACCCGACUACUUCCCCUCGGUCACAGAGUGGGUCCGCCGCGAGAUCCAAGGCCACAAGAGUCUUCAGCGGUUUACAUUCCACGACGGGUUCAACAGCGUCGUAAUCCGCGAUUUCCAAAACCCCGUCCAAACAUCCGCAGAACUGGAAUUGGAAGAAAUCUCGACCUGUGAAUCCGACAACCCAACACAGAGCCUGACAACCCUCUUUGAGAAACAUGGAUCCGAGAUCAAAGUCCUCGACCUCGACCACAACUUUACACACCUCCAAGCAUCCAUGUUCCUCCAGUCUGUCCGGCAAGCCCAGGGUGCAAAAUUGCGGACGCUGACAUGGGAUAUCACCAAGACCUGGGACGGGCGGAUCUUUCGGGAUAUGUUGCCCGCUCUGCGGAUGUGUGAUCCUACAGUUCUGGAAUGGGUCACGAUCAAGGUCAACCAGGGGUACAGGGAUGUCGUCGUCCAGCAGCCUGGGAUUGUUACGGUCCUAGAUGAUCAGAGCGGGCGCGAGAACUUGGGCAUGAUUUUGAAGAAGAAGGCCAACCGGAUCGAGUUGAGGGCGAAGGGGUUGAAUGUGAUUAUUUCGAAGCUGCAGACUGCUUGUGGUGGUAAUGGGCCCUUUGAGCAGUUAGAGGAGUUGUAUAUCCGGGGAUUUGAGGAGAGCUUUGGAGGGCGGAGCGUUAAGUGGGUCCAAUCGUUGAUGCAGCGUGAUAUCAGCGUUCGGCAGCUGUCUUUGUCCUUUACUUCCCGGGAGCCAACAGCAGAGACGCGUCCAUUAUCGGCGAGUUCAGACACCGAGAGUAAUCUUAUGAUUCCAAUCCCCGCCUCGGUGGUGACCAAACCUGCAUUCAAGCGACUGACUAGCGUGACACUCUUCCACGUCCGCCUGGUGCCCCUCAGUUGGGAGCUCUUCAUCACCUCCAUCGACUUCCUAACCAUCCGCUACCUCGACUUCACACUGACCAACUUUUCCGAUCCCGAGUUACACCUCCUAACCCAACGAUGCCUCUCCAAAGUCAAGACCUGUCGUUCCAUUCACCUCGCCGAAGUUACAUCAGAUCUGUCAUUACUUGGACUGAAAGAACGGCUGGCGGUCGAGGAUCUGAGAGAGCAGGAAAAGUUUGGGAUGAUGGUUUGGUUAGAUCGGACAGAAGUCAGAGGACCGGAUUUUGAUGGCAUAACUUAUCGUGAGUUCUUCAAAUAUUUCCGAUUCGGGAAAAGGAAGGCUGGGCCUAAUACGUCGAUGACAGAGGAAAAAAUGUCUGUCGGAGGGCCCAUGCAGUCUUUGGCUCUGGAGGUCCUGGGACGUGACAGGAUAGAAGAGCUAGCAGAGGACCUGUCGGUGGUGUUGGACCAUGGCAAUGUUUAUGAAAACCCGGUUAUCGAGCCUGCCGCUAACUUGCCAAAAGACAUCGAAUGGACGGAAGACCAGAGGAAUGUUCUUGACAUGGUGAGAUGUCGUCUUCAAUCUCGACAAGAUUGUUUGAUCUUGGUGACAGGAGCUGCGGGCACGGGGAAGCCUACGGUUCUUGAGGAGAUUCACAGGAUCGCCAAGAGUGAACGAUUUGAGCCAAUACGUCUCGCUCCAUCUGGUGAAGCAGCAAAUGUCGAUUCAGGUGUGCCUUUUGGAGGCUUUCCGAUGAUUUUGUUUGGUGACUUUGGUCAGCUCGGGCCAGUUAACAAAUCAUUGGCCUCCACAGACUGGCUCUGGAACUCGGAAGUUUAUCAGAGCUUUGAACGUGUAGAUCUCAUUCAACCGUGCCGACAGUCUGGAGAUGUAGAGUUCAAGUCAAUGCUCGAUGAUAUCAGACGCGGAGAAGUCACUGGUACCAUGGCGAGUGCCGACGAGCAAGAUUCAAUGGCCAAGAGCGACGCCAGUUUCCCCUGA